CGUAUCUACUAGUUACCUCUUUUAAUAUCACAUUUACGUUGGUGUUGGUCAGCUAGCUGUCUGGUUAAGGUAGCAGUAGCUAUAGGUUAGUCGCUAAUGCUAACUAGCUAACAUCCCCAACAAUGACUUCAAAAAGCUACCACCCCUCUGCUGAAGAGGAGGACUGCUGGACGGAGAGAAACGCUCUCGUGAAAGAGGAAAGGGAAGAGGAGGCUGUCACUGUUAAACAAGAAGUAAAGGACGAGGCUGUUACAGUGAAAGACGUUUCAGUGAAAGAGGAGGAGGAAGAUAAACAAGAGGGUGCAGUUUUUACAGUGAAAGAGGAGACGACUGUCACGGUGAAAGAAGAGGAAGACGUUUUUGGAGUGAAGGAGGAUGCGGAGAUUACUGUCACAUUGGAGGAGGGAGAGCAGAAUGGAGAUCUGAUUAACACCAGAGAGAGACCAGACUCAGAGGAACCGGAGACGUCUGAACCAGCAAGACGACACCACUGUUCCCAGUGUGGAAAAAGUUUUACCCAGUUACGGACACUGAAGGUGCAUGGAAGAAUACACACUGGAGAGAGGCCCUACCAAUGUUCCCAAUGUGGAAAGAGUUUUGCCCUGUUAGAGAGCCUGAAAAUACACAAUAGAAUACACACAGGAGAGAAGCCUUACCAAUGCUCCCAGUGUGGAAAGAGAUUUUCACAGUUAAGUUGCCUGAAAUCGCAUGAGAUAAUACACACAGGAGAUAAGCCUCACAAAUGCCCCCAAUGUGGUAAUACUUUCAAGCGGUUAAGUAACCUGAAGGACCAUAAAAGAGUACACACAGGAGAAAAGCCUUACCACUGUAUCCAUUGUGAAGAGCGUUUUAGCUGGUCAAGGCAACUGAAAGCACAUGAGAGAACACACACCGGAGAGAAGCCCUACCAAUGUUCCCAGUGUGGAAAGAGUUUUACCCAGCUAGGGAGCCUGAAAAUACAUAAUAGAAUACACACAGGAGAAAAGCCUUACCAAUGCUCCCAGUGUGGAAAGAGAUGUAAGCGGUUAAGUUGCCUGAAAUCACAUGAGAUAAUACACACCGGAGAUAAGCCUCACAAAUGCCCUCUAUGUGGUAAUACUUUUAAGCGGCUAAGUAACCUGAAGGAACAUGAAAGAGUGCACACAGGGGAAAAGCCUUACCACUGUUUCCAAUGUGAAAAGAGUUUUAGCACGUUAAGGCAACAAAAAGAGCAUGAGAGAACACACACCGGAGAGAAGCCCUACCAAUGCUCCCAGUGUGGAAGGCGAUUUAACCGCUUAAGUAACCUGAAAUCUCAUGAGUGGACACACAGGAGAGAAGCCACAUCACUGAUCUGUGUGGAAAUAGUUUAACCUCAUCAGGCUUCCUGAAGAUUCAUGAGCAAAGCCUUUCCGCUGCUCCCAGUGUGGAAUGACAUUUACCUGGUUAAGGCAACUGAAAUCACAUGAAAGAAUCCCACACGAGAGAGAAAUGUUAUGAAUGCUCUCAGUGUAGAAAGAUAUUUACCUAGUUUAGGCACCUGAAAGACAGAGGUUACCCUCUCAGCGGAGAAGCCUUACCCAUACUCAAAUCAAAUCAAAUCAAAUGUAUUUAUAUAGCCCUUCGUACAUCAUCUGAUAUCUCAAAGUGCUGUACAGAAACCCAGCCUAAAACCCCAAACAGCAAACAAUGCAGGUGUAAAAGCA